AUGAAACUACCAGAAAUCACUGAGGAGCAGAUAAAACUUCAAGUUUUUCCAUUCUCCUUGAAAGAUGCAACCAAGGAUUGGUUGUUCAACUUGUCCACCGGGAGUGUGACCACGUGGAUGGAUAUGAAGCGCGCAAGUUCCUUGAAAGGUUCUUUCCCGAAUACAAUCGAUGCUGCUAGUGGAGGAGCUCUUAUGAACAAGACUCUGAGAGAAGCUUGGGAAUUGCUAAACGACAAGGCUAUGAACUCUCAAAAAAUUCGGCCAAGGGAUGUUGUGGGAGUGAAAGAAGCUACCAAGGUAAGUUCUCCUUUGCAACAACAAUUGAAUGAGUUAACUACUUUUGUGAGAAAACUUGUUGUAGGGAACUCUCAAGUGAAGCCAUGUGGGAUUUGUGCGAGUGUUGAGCAUUUUACGGAUGCUUGUCCUACAUUGACACAAGAGGUGGAAGUGAAUGCAGCAGGAUUUGCACAGAGAAGGGCUUAUGAUCCCUAUUCAAACACAUACAAUCUAGGAUGGCGAGACCACCCCAAUUUUCGAUAUGCAAAUCAGAAUCAGCAAUCCUUUGGACAACAGCAACCACCGGGAUUCCAACCACCUGUGCAACAGCAACAACAAUGGACCAUGCCCCAAGCUCCUAGUCCUAGUAACUCUUUGCAUGAUAUAGUGAAAUCAAUUGCCUCUAAUUUUUUGCAAUUACAGCAAGAGACAAGAACUAGUAUAAAAAACUUGGAAGAUCAGAUGUCUCAAGUCGUGGAAGAGGUGCGUGAAAUGAAAGAAAGGGAAAGAGGCAAGCUACCUGCUCAAACCCACAUGAACCCGAGCAAUGUUAGUUCAAUGGUCUUGCGAAGUGGUAAGGAGCUAGAAGGUCCGAAGGUUGUUGCACAAAAAGAGAGAGCCGAAGAGGAGAUUGAGAAGGAGAUCGAACAAGAAGCGAACAAGUUAGCGAAACCGGCUAAGAGUGACAAAGACAAGGAGAUCAUGGAAUUUUUUAAGAAGGUGGAGCUAACGAUUCCUUUGCUCGAUGCAAUUAAGCAAGUCCCCCGUUAUGCAAAGUUUCUAAAGGAGUUGUGUACUAAGAAGCAUAAGUUGAGAGGGGACGAAAAAGUGUUAGAUGGAGGGACUGUGUCCACUGUGCUGCAAAGGAAAUUGCCACAAAAGUGCAGAGAUCCAGAUGUCCUUAAUCAAAAUGUGCAGGAAGUCUUUGAAGUUGGAGAAAUAAGGAAGUUGCAAUUGCAAGAGUUUGAGGAAUUCAGAACAAAGCUUUCAAGAAUGCAAGGAAUUAUAAAGGAAAUAGUAAGAAAUUUCAUGAUCCAAAUAUUUUGA